GCUCCUAUUUCGCGAAUGGUCGCGGAUUCCCUUAAAAAACCAGUGCAGCUCGUUCUGCUUCAUCAGUUCGACUUCGACUGCGACUUCGACUUGAACACGAAGAUGCAUCUGAAGAACUACAGCGCAUUGCUCCUGCUGGCGUUCGUCGCCUGCCAGGCUGCACCCUCGCCUAAGAUUAUCGACAAGAAAUCGAUCAGCGGAGCGGAAACCGAGCUCACCAAAGACAGCUUGACGUUGGAGGAUGCUGGCGCGGAUAAGGACAGAUCAAAGAAAUCAGCGACAACCUUUUGCGUUGAGGUCCGUUCAGAAAAGGAAGAACAGGAUCCUAAAUUUUCCAUUUUGCCGUUGCCAGCACCCGCACCAACAUCGCUGACCAUCGUGCAACCCGCACCGGUACCAGCUCCGACAUCGAUGGCCAUCGUGCAACCCGCACCGGCACCAGCUCCAGCACCGGCGCCGGUGACCAUCGUGCAACCUGCACCAGCACCGUGUGCCCCAGAGCCAUUUUCAGUGAACGUAAUCCAACCGGCGCCAGCACAAACGGAAACUAUUUUUGUCCAGCCCACCCAGCCGGCUCCUCAGCCUCAGGUAGCCAACAUAGUGCUGCCGCCCCAGCCAGCUCCUCAGCUAGCUCCGCAGAUCGUCGUCCCGGCACCAGCUCCUGCGCCAACUCAGUACCUUAACAUUCAGCCUGCCGCCCCCUGCGCCCCACAACAGACUAGCUACUUCCUACAAACCCCAACGGUGUCACAACCUGUUCAGUACCAUUACCUUCAGCCGCAAGCACCCCAAAUAGUACCGCAACCGACCGUGACGGUGAUCCAACCAGAACCGAUAAAACUGGAGCAAGAGAAAUUUAUUAAGCCUCAAGUAAAACCGAUGUCAUUAGUGCAGGUCUUGCCUGAGCAAUCAUCACACGACGUGUUUCAAUGCAACUGUCGUCCCGAAAGCCACUUAAAAUCCAGACAUUCCAAUAUCCAGCAGCGCCUUCCGAUACCCGCAUCUCUUGGACCCGCACCCGCUAAAAUGAUGAUGGCCACGCAAAGCAAUCCGAAUCUAUCAACUGGCGUCCCUGUCCUUACUACGCAAACUAGAGAAGCGGAACCGAGACAUCACAAGCACAGAAUCUAUUUGACUCCGAUGGACCCGUAUUCCACCAUGUAUGCUAAACCUGCUAUUGCUCCUUCAUAUUAUGAAUACAACUCCUACCUCAACAGUUAUCCUGCAGUAAGCUACAAUCCCAACCCCGUUUACUCUUAUCCUUAUGGUAACGUGCCGUCUCAAGUCACUGUGAACGCGGGAGGACCAUUUCUCGGCCAGACACUAUCCAGAGACGCGCAAGCACAUAGCGAACCACAUCAACCACAUCUGAUCGCUUCUGAAGUAGGUGAUUUCUCUAGCAACCAAAAGCGAGCGGCUGAUCCCACCCAGUUGAAGAAUAUUGAACAGAAUGAAAUAAUGCAGGAGGGAAAAACAAUAACCAUUAAGGAGGCAAGCGCAGAUACCAUCAAACUCGGCAACACAAAAUAAAAAGAAGAAAGAACUAUCAUUAUCA